AUGCCACCAAGCCAGCAAGGCUCCAGUCAUCCUGAAUGUCCGGUAGCAGGCCGCUGCUGGCAGCACGCACGUCGUCAGGCGAAGCCUCCAAGGAUGGUGUGCGACGGCCUCAGGCCUGCCUGCUCACGCUGCCAAAACCUCAGAACUGAAUGCCAGUACGAGGCUGAGGAGGGCGAGAGUCGCUGGUCAGCAUUACGACGCCGCAAUCAGGUGCUCGAACAAGAGCGCGACCAGGUACGAGAGCUUCUGGCCUUCGUGCAAGCUAGGCCCGAGCCCGAAGCACAGGACAUCUUUCAACGCAUCCGGACGAGCAACUACGACGAUGUGUUUGCCCUACUCCGCCAGAUCAAGGAAGGCGUCAUUGGAUUGCCACCACAUCAAGCCAUGGGUCCUCUUCCACCGCCUGCCACGACAGGAGUCGAUCGCCUUCCGCCUAUACAGACCAUACUAGACGUCCCCACUCGCGGCAUGACCCCAAAUCACCUCAGCCACAGCCACUCUUUGAGCUCAGAGGAUAGCGGACGAGCUUCAUCCAUCCCGGAAAUCCCAAAUGCCCAAAUCCCACUAUAUCAUGCCAUCGAACCAAGCCUACGUGGGCAUCAACACCCUACGCCUUUCAGUGCACAUUUGCCAUCCUUAAGCUCUGAGGAAAGUACCGGUUCCGUCGGAUCAACCUCGCUGGAUCCUUCCAAGCCGUAUCAAACGCCAUGAAGGCUGAGAGCGGGCUUUCCAAUAGGCCGACCUAUUCAGGCAGUCAUUCGAGCUGAUGCCGUUACUACACACCUCAACAAAGACCACAAUACGGCGCUGUGCGGCACGAUAUUCGGAAAAAAGGCUUUGACGGCAUUUCCCAUGACACUGGCACUGUGGCGCAUGGGCUUCUAGUUUUGGGCUUGUCAGGUUCUAAAUUGCGCUCCAAACCACGGAUUGGAACCGAGCGAUCGGUCCUCACCCCGCGUGUCUAGCUUGAUGAGCAAAGUUCUGAACAUCAUACCCCUUUGUAAGUAGUAUCAUGAUGUAAUCAGUAUCAUGAGAUGGUGGGGAAGGAAGCAGCUAGGAGUGUGCGACCACUUGGAAUUCACGCAGAGGGGUGCGGCGGGAGCGUUUCAGCGUGCAGUGGGCGAGACAUAUUGCAUUUUCAGAUCGACAGAAUUGCCGCCACCAAGCGUGCUGUUGCAUUUUAGCAUUCGUUGAAAAAAGCACAAAGAAAGUCCAGAACAAG